AUGGUCGUCAUUUCUGUGAGUGUAAUUUCAAAGGUCGGCAAGCCUCUUGUUGCGAGACAAUAUCGUGAUAUAUCCAGAGUUAGAUUGGAGGGCUUGCUGAGUGCCUUCCCAAAAUUGAUGGACCCCAAGUCUCAACAUACCUUUGUAGAAACUGAUUCAGUACGAUAUGUCUAUCAAUCAUUGGAUCAAUUAUUUCUUGUUUUGAUCACUACAAAAACGAGUAAUAUUGUAGAGGAUUUGGAAACAUUACAAUUAUUUUCGAGAAUUAUUAAAGAUAUUUGCUUUAGCAACCAAAGGAACUCAGGAGCAGGACUUAAUGAAGAUAUAAUUCUUUCCAAUGCCUUUGACUUAAUGUUUGCUUUUGAUGAAAUUGUUUCACUCGGCUAUAGAGAAUCUGUAACAUUGCAUCAAGUCAAAGAUAUUCUGAAAAUGGAAUCACAAGAAGAAAAUCUUCAAGAGGCAAUCAAACAACGACAAAUUGAAAAUGCUCGCUCACAAGCAAAUUUAAAGGCCACAGAAAUCGCAUCUAGACUGGCAUUGGAUGGAGGAAAAUAUACUUCCGGAAUUUCAAGUGGUGACUCGAGAGGAAUGAACCAAAGACAAGGAGACAAUGUAUACGUACCACCAUCUUCAUCAAAUCAAGGAAAGUAUGCAGGUAUUGGCUCUAACUCUUCUCGUGUCGAUUCACCAAGUGUUGUAACAGCUUCACCUGUUACCAGCUCUUUUUCAUCUGCCAAUGGAUCGGAAAAUAAGAAUCUUAAACAACAAGCCAAGCCAAGCAAUCUUAAGCAAAUGAUUUUGAAUAGACCAAACAAAAAGGCACCAUCUUCGCUUUUGAAUGAUCUUGUAUCUACGGGAGACAUUAGCGCUCAACCUUCUGAGACAACAGCUCCAGUUAAAAACGAAAUUGUUGAAACACAAAAGAAAGUUAAGGUUGAGGACAUUCAUGUGGAGAUAAAGGAAACACUUCAAGUUGAGACAAACAGAGAAGGAGGAUUGAAUAGCUUGGAUGUCAAGGGAGAAAUGUAUUUAACAAUUGCAGAAAGUGCAUCAGGAUUUAUCAAAGUUCGGCUAGAAAAUGAUUUGAAAGAUGGAUUCGUUUCAACAUCACAUCCAAAUAUUGAUAAGAAAAUGUUUACAGAUGAGCACUGCUUAGCACUUAAAAGAAAAGACAAAGCAUUUCCACCAAAUAAUCCACUCAAGAUUUUGACCUGGCGUUCAAAGGGUAAUUUCGACGAGUCAAUUCUACCAUUUACUGUAAAUUGUUGGCCAAAUCCAUCUGGAAAUGAAACUUCUGUGAGCAUUGAAUAUACUCUUCAGGAUACCAACGUUGAGCUGUCGAACGUUGCAAUCUCUGUACCUAUUCCAACCACAAAUGUGACAGUUGAGAGCGCCGAAUCUGGAACUUAUAGAAUUGAUCAAAAGCAUAAUAAGUUUAUUUGGUCUUUUGAUUUGAUUGAUUCAUCAUGUCCAACGGGAAGCAUUGAAUUUACUGUUAACGAACGUGCUGAAGAGUCUAAAUUUUUCCCUGUUGACAUUUCUUUCACUUCUGCUGAUAAUAUUUCUGGAGUUGCGAUUAAGGAUGUAUUGUCUGUGAAUGAUGAUUCUCCACAACGAUUUUCUGUGGACAGAAAUUUGACUGUUGCUGAAUAUAAAAUUGUUUAA